UUGUGAGCUGCUGAACUGAGAAGACAAAAACAGAGGAGAUGAAUAACUUAACCACACCUGAAACAUCUACAAACUCCACAACCCAGUCCUUCGGGAUAAUGGACUGUCUGGAAGUCUGUGUGUACAGCAUCAAUUUGAUUUUUAGUCUUCCUACACACUCCUAUAUUAUAUGGCUCAUCAUCACAGGAACACUAAGUGGAGUUGCAUCAGAGUUCUUCAUCCUCAAUCUCUCUGUUUGUGAGCUUGGUAUCUGUCUGAAUAGUUUGGUCUUUAUACUAUCAAGGUGGAUUUCAAGUCUUGAGAUAUUAGAUUUGUUUUUAAUAGGACUUACAUUCACUGGUCGUCCUCUGUUUCAGUGUCUGAUGUGUGCUGAGCGUUACCUGGCAGUGGUUCAUCCUGUAACCUUUCUGAAGUACAAACCUCUCAGAUAUAGAGUGAUCUGCUGCACUGCUAUUUGGUUUAUUAGUCUUGGCUCGUGUUUGGUCUGCAUGUAUAAUUUAGUCUCAAAAAAUCUGAAUGCACAUGUAUGGUUCUUGACCCUGCAGCAUACACUGGUCAUCUCCAUCCAGUUGUUUUGUCUUGUGGCUGUUCUCAGAGCUCUGAAGCAGUCAGGACCAGGAGAGAGAAGAAGAGAGAGAGAGGAGGAAAACCACAUGAAGAGAAGAGCAUUUUAUCUAAUUCUCAUAACAACUGUGAAUAUGAUUAUCCUAUAUGUCCCAUUUGCAAUCACAGGAAUCUCUGUCAUUCUGAUAACACUCAGUAAUCCAACAGUUUGGUUUACUGCUUUGACUUGUUUUAUUCUGGCUGGUUUUGUUCAGCCUGUUCUUUAUCUGCACCGUGCUGGAAAACUCUCCCGCUUCUGUUCUUCAUAAAAUCUUGUAAUAUUUUACCUACUUAAGCUACUAAAUCUACAUAUUGUUACUGGGUAAAUAUCUUACUGUGUAUGCAAUUUUUUUCAGCUGUCCUCUAGAAUUAAUAAAAAUUAACAAGUGGCAACACUGUAUCAACAUGCUAACAUGUAAGAGUCUAAUAAACAUUGUGAUUCCUCUGUAAUAAUACUUCAGUUUUGCAUUAAAAGCUCUGUCUAAAUGUACCUUGACAUGAUGUUUAUGUGCGCUUUGCAGUGUGAACAAAACAUGUUUUGUGACUCUAUCAUUCAGUUUUAUUUAGAGUGAUGCAGCACAACAAACUUUUUUUUAGUUGUACUUUUGAUAAGUCUGUUUAUUUAUAUGAAGGUUAUGUCAAUUUUGAGUGUACUUAUCAUAUAUGGUUUAUAAAAAUGUUUGCUACAAGCUUGACUUUUUUCCCCCCAGGAAAACACAUUAAGCAUAUAUACUGUAACCUAUCCAAUGACAGGUAGUUUAACUUUAUGAAAAUGCACUAAUAAUUUACAUGAAUGGAUAAUAGUAAAAAUUUUAUUAUUUUAUUAUUACUAUGUAAAAUUAUGGC